AUGCUUCUUACUCUUUUAGAUGGUGGUGUAUAUGUAGUCCGUCAUUUGUUCUAUACCGGUCCACAUAAACGUGAUAUCACAAUCAAUAGUGUCUUUGCAUUUUUAUGGCUUUCUGCAGGCCUAGCAAACAUCUACCCAACAUUUAAAGGCUAUAGCUAUGCCUGUCCCUCCACAUCUUCCCCUUACGUCGCCCAAGAAUGCAUUACUAAAUUAUUAUUCAUUAUCUUUGGUUGGAUAAUUGGAGUAUCUUUCAUCAUAUCAUCAUUCUUAUCCUACAGAUUGUGGUCUGAACGUCGUGAAAUGUAUGAUGGAGAAUGGAGAGUUGAAGCUCUAGGAGACGUGGUAUUCCAUCAUAAAAAAUAUAAACAUAAACCGAAGCCUAAUAUCACAGUGAAAGUUAAUGAACCAGAACAAGUUAUGAUUUAUAAGAGUGCUAAAAACAGCGAAAAAGUGACGGGUGUGCCAAGCCUCUUGAUUCAAACUGCUACUCCUAGAGGUUCUACUUCUGACUAA